UCGUACUUCCUCCCGGCGUCCCCCGCGGCGGGAAAGAGCCGAGUGGGCUCGAGGCCGACGCGACCAUCGUUUGUCGACGCCGCUGCUGCUGCCUGCCUGAGAGAAGCCGUCGCUGCCGUCCCCUCCGCCUCCGCCGGCUACCAUGUCCGCCCAGGCGCAGAUGCGGGCCCUGCUGGACCAGCUCAUGGGCACGGCUCGGGACGGUUCAGUGUAUCUUUGCCUGCCUACAUCAAUCUGCAAGGGAGUUGCAGAAAGCCUCAUGUUCAUCGAGCCGUGAGUCACAACCAAUUUCUAAGCUGUUAUAACAAAAAAGUGUUUGCUUUUUUUCACAAGUAACUUUAAAAGUGUAGUUUAGAAAGAAAACAUUUUCAAUAAAAAGACACUACAUUAAUCCUGGAUGCUUGCAAAUCCUAAAAUAUAUUCCUCCUCUAGCGUUGCACAGCUCUGUGUUGUAUACACAGACUAGCUUUAGAAUUUGUCACAUACCACUUUGCCUUUACUUUUAUGUAUCAUUCCCCCGACUUCCUUACUGCAGGUGUGGGCAAGAAAACUUUUCCUUUAACACUUUUCAACAGCGGGCAUAAAAUUCUGCAGCUGAGGUCUUGAAGAAUGCAGAUGGGUGCAGUAUGUGUUGGAGCUCACAGUGUGUAUUGACUAACCUAGUUCCUUUUUGCUUUUUUUGGUAUUGUCUUGUUAAAAGUGACUCCCAGGUAGCAACUCUCUUUUUUAAGGGUGGGGAUGAAAGGGAUAUAGGAAGAAUAGAUCUAGAUUAUUUAACAGUCUUCGAUAGCAUUUGAUUGAAAGCUUUCUUCUUCAUUCAAUUUUGGGCAAAAUACUGCCUCUGCAUUUGUUCAUAACAAAAAGAUUAAUAAGUAGCUUUUGUUGGUGGAAAUUACCAGCUCUAUAAGUCGCCCUUGGUGGUUCAUGGACCUCUGAUUAGCUUGGGUUUUGGAAUCUCAUUGCCACAUGUAUAUGUGGAGCCAAUGGCCUUUUGGUGCUCAGCUGCUUACGUCUGACUCCUUGACUUCUUUGGUACAAUGAUGGAGUCAGAUCUCAUUAAGUGUGAUUCUUCAUGAUAUAACUGGCCUCAAAAAAAUGUGUAUUCCACUCCAGUGUAAAUAUCUUUAGAUCAGCUUUUCAUUGUAUUUGAUGGGGAGAACACAGAAAUGAUAGUCUGCAAAUGAUCCAGGUGAAUCAUUACACUAGUGUUUUCUUGUGGUUAAACGUGAUAAUAUUGUCUUAUUUAAAACCACAAAUGAAUUUCAGGAGACGAAACCAGACAGAGGGUCAAGUUUACAGAUGACCGUGUCUGCAAGAGUCACCUUCUGGACUGCUGCCCACAUGACAUCCUCGCUGGGACGCGCAUGGAUUUAGGAGAAUGUACCAAAAUCCACGACUUGGCCCUCCGAGCAGAUUAUGAGAUUGCAAGUAAAGAAAGAGACCUGUUUUUUGAAUUGGAUGCAAUGGAUCACUUGGAGUCUUUUAUUGCGGAAUGUGAUCGGAGAACUGAGCUCGCCAAGAAACGGCUGGCAGAAACACAGGAGGAAAUCAGUGCAGAAGUUUCUGCAAAGGCAGAAAAAGUACAUGAGUUAAAUGAAGAAAUAGGAAAACUCCUUGCUAAAGCCGAACAGCUAGGGGCUGAAGGUAAUGUGGAUGAAUCCCAGAAGAUUCUUAUGGAAGUGGAAAAAGUUCGUGCGAAGAAAAAAGAAGCUGAGGAAGAAUACAGAAAUUCCAUGCCAGCAUCCAGUUUUCAGCAGCAAAAACUGCGUGUCUGCGAGGUCUGUUCAGCCUACCUUGGUCUCCAUGACAAUGACCGUCGCCUGGCAGACCACUUCGGUGGCAAGUUACACUUGGGGUUCAUUCAGAUCCGAGAGAAACUUGAUCAGUUGAGGAAAACUGUCGCUGAAAAGCAGGAGAAGAGAAAUCAGGAUCGCUUGAGGAGGAGAGAGGAGAGGGAGCGGGAGGAGCGUCUGAGCAGGAGGUCGGGAUCAAGAACCAGAGAUCGCAGGAGGUCACGCUCCCGGGAUCGGCGUCGGAGGCGGUCAAGAUCUACCUCCCGAGAGCGACGGAAGUUGUCCCGGUCCCGGUCCCGAGAUAGACAUCGGCGCCACCGCAGCCGUUCCCGGAGCCACAGCCGGGGACAUCGUCGGGCUUCCCGGGACCGGAGUGCGAAAUACAAGUAACUACUCUGACUCCUUCGGUAGCUGCAACCAGGAGUUCUCCAGAGAGCGGGCAUCCAGAGAGGAGUCCUGGGAGAGCGGGCGGAGCGAGCGAGGGCCCCCGGACUGGAGGCUUGAGAGCUCCAACGGGAAGAUGGCUUCACGGAGGUCAGAAGAGAAGGAGGCCGGCGAGAUCUGAACCCGUCUCCCGGGUGCUGUAAAUAGUCUGAUAAACGUUCACACAGUCUAAAAUUACCCUUUAUAUUUGCUGAAUACAACUCAUCUUUUGUAGUUUAAAAUUUCUAUUGUUUUGGAGCUAGCUGUGAGUUUCUAGAAUUGUACAGAGUUGCUCCUGUGUUCUGGGGUCAUGUUGAGUAGGAAUAAAUAAAUCUUGACGACUGCCUCCUGAGGCUGCAGUGGGGUCUCUGCUG